AUGAGAUCCAAUACUCCGCCAAGGACGAACAAUCUGCCACCAUUGCAGCCAAUCUCUCCUUCUGAGCAGACCUCCGCACGCCAUCCGUCUCAUUUUGGAGACUCGUUGCCCCAGCCUUCGGUCCUGCUCUGGCGCAACUCAUCAUUGCAACCCGAAUCCCCGGGCUUCUCGUCGUCGCCUCCGGAAGGACCCGAUAGGAAAACGCAUUCGAUCAUUCCUCAAGAAAACAUUCCUAAGCCUGAAACUAGGAAACGACGCCGGAAAGCAGAAUCGUCGCACGCUGUUAGUAAGGUCAGACUUAUGGAUAAUCCUUCGGCCUCUAUGAAUAUCCCUACCAUCCCACUUGGAUCCCCAGAGAAGCGGGGGUCAGAUCCUCUCGAGCUCCUUGCCAAUCCUAUCCCUUCCCUGGUGAAAUGCACACGGCGUAAACCGAAGCAUUUGGCGGGUGGCUCGCAUCGCUCUCAAAAAACUACUGCCAAAGAAACUAGAGAGAAUAAAAGUUUUACUUUUUCAACUCAGAACCCGCCACGUCCACUAGACGAGCCCACCGCCUCUUCUAAACAACUUUCUAAAGAGUUUUCGAACUCUCCCUUUGCGUCCUUGCCGACGGAACAUAGGAAGCCCCCGAUUUCUCCUUCACCACCCGAUAACAUAUUUGUAAACUCAGCCGCUAUUCCGGUUGCGGAUGACAAAAUUCCUCAACAACCAUCCGUCCCCUAUUUCUUUACUUGGAGUCCCCCCUCCGAAGUGGAUGGGAAGGCAAAAAUCUCUGGAAGCAGUGGCUCACGACCUCCACGGUUUUGGGACAGGCAUUUGCAUGAGAAAUUCAUUCUCAAGAAAGUCCACGCGGCGCCAAAUCUAGCCACACUGCUGGGAGAGGUGGCAGAUACCGCACUGAAGGAAGCACAAGCGCGAUAUUCAACAGCAAUCUGUCCGAGUCAACUGACGAAAGAAAACUUGACGAAUUCAGAUAAGUAUACUAUUCGCUUGACAGAUGACGAACUCGGUGUGCAGAGAUUCUAUGGUUCGUCGAUUGCGCCUCUCAUUUUGUCAAUGGCGCACGCCCUUCUUGGUCACGAAACUCCUCUGAAAAAUUUCUUCAUAUGGAAAUCCAAGUGCAAGGGCCAGACAAAGGCUCAGGCGGACGGAUUCUUAACUGUCAAUAACCUUGCGAACCAAUCCUUCGCUCUUCCAAAUGAACUCGAAAAGUAUGUAAAGCUUCUUGAAGAAUGGAAUUUGAGCAAUCUGUCGUUGUGGGAAUUCAAGAGUCUGGCAGCUGGAUCCUCAGAUGUCAUGGAGGCUAUACAGCGACUUCCUACUCAAAAGGAUUUUCCCUGGACGGGUUGCACAACGAUCAGUCGUUGCGAGUCCGCCCUUCACAAAGGUGGAGAAGUCACAAUCAAUACAGGCCGCAGAACGGGUCCUGAUGCCUUAUCACCACUUGGAGUAGCUUCACCACCAGAGACUAGAAAGCGCUCCCAUGAUGUUAUGUCCGGUUCAGCAGACGUCGUCAACCAUCAUGUCGAUGAAGUUAAAGAUGGGGAUUCGGAUGACGAAUUGUGUUAUGAUGACUCUGCUGCCUCUUCCUUCGACGUUGACGACGGCACGCCUGAAAACAACAUAUCUGAAGAUGGGGGCAAAGAUGAGCUCGUUGAUGGGGAGAGCUGCUUUGCUACCGACGACCCAGUCAUUCUUGAAAGCAAAAAAGCUCAACGGUUGUCUGCAAAGGGUGCUCAAGCUCUCAAAAAGGCCAGCCAUAUUAUCCAGCAGGUUUGGGCUGAAGCAGUCCAAAAUGACGCCACCUUCAUGAUCGUAAAUGCAGGCCGGUAUGAAUUCAUUGCGUACCGCUGUCGAGAAAAGCAAGCCCUUUAUCUUUCGGACAUGAUUGAGGUUUGCAACUCUAGUCCUGCAUAUGGGAAGUUGCACACUGGCUUAUAUCUCGCCGCCUUCAAUGACGCACUUGACCGUGCUUCGCAACUCGACCACCUGAAGGCUUCAAGGCAACGGUUUGGCCCCCUUUAUCGUCGCAAAUAUUCCCAUGAUAAAGUGAACUACACCUAUGAAGAUCCAAACGAUAUCGCCUCCCAAAAACAGGAAGAGCUGGAGCUUGCCCAAAAAGGGUCAGAUUUACAUUUGAACAUCGGCGAAACAUUGAGACGGUGUCGCACAAUGAAAGUUUAUGCGAAGGAAGUUCCUAUUUUUGGCGCCAAGCAGUUCCAACAUUUUUAUCGCCACCACGAUGUGGCAUUGGGCGAAGAACUUGAGGCGGAACAUGACCCACCCAAGAAUUUGUGCUUGCACCUCAAAGAGUUGUUGGCUGGUGCCGUUUAUACCUGUGUGGUGUGUCUUGACGACAGAACCAGUGAUGACCGCUUUGUCAUAAAAUUGGUUCAAGAAGAGGGAUGCGAGGCCCUUCUCCAAGAAUACAAGACUUAUCUUGCCUUGAAAGCAGCAAAAUUUGAGGGUAUCGUUGAAGUGCACGGCGUAUUUCAGUGUGAUGCACAAGGGAUGCCAGUGAUGGGACUCGUGAUGUCGUAUGGCGGCUGUUCCAUGCUUCAAGGUAGCAGAGAGUGCAGAGCAAGGGUGCGACGGAAUGUGGUGUCCGAGAGGUUUGAGGCCAUUGUGAAGGAACUCCGGCGCCAUAAUCUAGUUCAUCGACGUUUGCGUUUAGAUCACUUGCUGCUCCACAAGUCCAAGGGACCCGACAACAAAGAAACCUUGUCCCUGUCUCUGGUAGGCUGGAAAUUGGCCAAAACGCGUCCGCCUCAGCCUGCCACUCUACCCGAAGCAGCUAAAAUCGGCGACACUGAUGAUCCCUGCCCUCGACUGGCCGUGCCUGGCGAAGCGGCGAGCACCGACGGAGACAGGGUCAUGGAGCGCUUGAACCACUCUUUCAAUACGAUGCCUGAAGCGACCGAGAUACAGAAGAUUAACUCUGUGUAUGAGCACAACCCCCCUGUUCUCCGACAAGCUGGAAACUGCAUUCAUCCACCGUCGGCGCUGACAUUUUACGACAAGCACCUACACCCGAGUUUGUUGUUGAGGCACGUCCGAAUUCUGCCCUCAAUCGUUGCUGAUUUGUCCGACAUCGCCACAGACCUUGUCGCGGAUAUUAUUGAGCAUAAUCUCCCGCUCCCAUUCAUGGGAAACAUCCCUACCUUUUUUGAACCACAUGGCGAUGUGAUGCAAGAUGCGUCUGAUGUUGGGAAUCAUUAUGUGAACUACAUCUCGGAACCGUGUUGUGCUCUCGGCUCAACCUUGGCUUUCCACCCAAAUUGCUCUCAGUGGGUUAGCAUAAUGAAUUGGGAUAACCGAGUGUUGUCCACGAACAGUUUUGCCACCGAUGGAUAUUCUCUACGCCUUUGUCGCGGAUACGUCAAGCCUCUCAAGUUGUACCUUCCACCGGUAUUACAGAAGUUACUUCAAGAGGACGCGAAGGACGAGCUUCGCCAAUUGCUUGCUGCUUUCCCUGACCUGAUCACGGGCCAGAUGCUUGCAGUGACAGAGGAAGCUAAGGAAUUGGUUAAGAGGUUAUGGAUUCCUUCCAUGUCCAAUUUUUUCUGGGUGACGCCUGGGACGACGGGCCAACUGAUUCUCUCUCCCUUGGAUUCAAAACUUUGUGGACCCGAUGCACAGUCCAUUCCUUCGGUUCACAAGAAAGCUACAUCGUCGCAUCGCAGCUAUUCCCCGAAACCACAUUGCUCCUCCCGCAUUCUUCCCCCACCCCGUAUCGGGACAAAGCGUGGACGUAGUUAUGACCCUCGCCCAGAUCCUUCGCAUUACAUACAGCAUGUACGGGCUUUCUCUAUAAUCUCUUACCCUUCACUAAUCCUCAAACAGGCUUGGGUACAAUCUGUUGUACAAGACACUACAUUCAUUUUAUUUCAUUGCGGCAAGUAUGAUAGAAUCGGCGUCCGUCAUCGUGCGACACAAACGCUCUACCUGUCAGAGGCUGUUGAUGUUAAUACAUGCCAAGACCCAGCGUAUGGCAAGCUUCAAGUUGGUCUUUAUGUAACUGCACUUCGAGAUGCUCGAGGUCGCUUGGCACGACUCAAGGCUUCCGCAGCGUCAGUCGCACCUAUCGUUCAAGGUAGAAAGCGGUCCCUUCCAGAUAACGACAACGAGACACAGAGACAAAAGAAACGGAACAAACGACGCCCCCACGAUCAAGAAGCUGCGGAAGUUGACAACAGUGACAAGUUAUUCAUGGAAGAAGUCGGUCACAGGGACCUUGCGUUGGUCCGCCUUGAAUAUAGCUUCUAUAGCUCUCCGGUUUCUGCUUCGUUCUUACGCUCGGACGCCUCUCUCGUCCCUGGUGAAAACCCGGCCCCUUUUAAAUCCCCGAAGCGAAAGGCAGGAUAUACUGCAGUUGAAUACAUAUCCGUCACUCUUGGAGAUCAGAUCGGGGAAGGUAUUAUUGGCGUUGUUCACCGUGGUACACUCUCACUACGAACUACUCACGCAACGCUUACCCGCCAAGUGGCGGCGAAGUUGGCCUUUUCCAAGGAGCAACAACGUAGUCUCCGACAUGAAUUCACCAUCUAUACUCGUUUGUGGCAGAGGAAUGUCAAGGGUAUCCUUCCUGUUUAUGGUCUAUUUCAAGACAUGGAGGACGGUCCUUUGAUGUUGCUCCUUGGUUAUGGCGGCAUUUCGCUCUUUUCCCGAGAGCAGGAAAGGAUGGGAAGCUAUUCUAAAUGUGUGACGUGUUCUGAUUCGGAAAGAGGAUUUGUCGAGGCGCUUAAGAGCAUCCACAACGCUGGAGUUGGACAGGGGGAUGUCCGACCCCAUAAUAUGCUAGUAAACGGAACAGACGUUUACUUCAUUGAUUUUCAUUAUGGUUUCGUAGGAAAUCACAAAGCUCAUGCCCGUGAGGAGAGGUUAUUGAAAGAUAUCCUCGAGGGCGAAGAGUGGGACUCCGAAGGAUAA